CUUUCGAAGUUGGAUUGUGUAUUGUAGACUUGUAGUGUCGUGAUUUGGUUUGAAUUAGCAGAAUCGAGAAAUGGUAUUCAAGAACAAGCUAUUCUUCUCAUCAAAGACAUCCGAAUCUUCGAGCCACGAUAGUUCCAAUAGUUCCAUAUCUUUUGGCUCCAACUCUCCCAUACGAUCAGACACAAAGAAGUCUGAAACUGCUUCAAAGGAUGAAACCCUGGCCCCUAACCCGAUCUCCGCUGGUGGUUUCGUCGGCAGCUCCGGACGAUCUGGCCCUAGGAAGAGGUUUCCUAGUGACAUCAAAAGUUUUUCUCAUGAGCUGAACUCAAAAGGUGUACAUCCCUUUACAUUGUUGAAGCCUUGUAGGUCCAACAACGUGGAGGAAAUAUUGGAUCUAAUUCUUGCAAAAUUUGAUAAAGCAAAGGAAGAAGUAAACUCUGACCUUGCGGUAUUUGCUGCGGACCUGGUGGGAGUUCUUGAGAAAAAUGCAGAAAGCCAUCCUGAGUGGGAGGAGACAUUUGAAGAUUUGUUAAUUUUGGCUCGCAGUUGUGCUAUGACUACUCCUGGAGAUUUCUGGCUUCACUGUGAAGGCAUAGUUAAAGAUUUAGAUGAUAGACGUCAAGAGCUUCCUCCGGGCGUUCUCAAACACCUUCAUACUCGGAUGCUCUUUAUACUUACCAGAUGUACGAGAUUGCUUCAGUUUUAUAAGAGUUGGGGAGAAGUGGAACAAGUUGAAGAAUAAAAAUGGUUAUGAGUGUGUGACAAGUUUCUGCAUUUGAACACGUUGAAUAAGUCUCCUUGCAUCUUAGGAGUUCAAAAAUAAUUUGAUCGAGUCUGUUUGGGUGUUUUUUUAAAUUCGUUUCAUGAUCUAUCUAAGAGAUCAUUGUAUUUGUGAUUCAAUAAAGAAAAAACACUUUCAGUA